UUCCUUAGCAGACGCUUUUAGCGAACUAGUUAUAACGAGCAGGUGUAACUGGCACGCAACCUGGGGCACUACGUGUCAUUCAACGCCAACAUCACUCAUCUCGCACCCGGGCCUGCGCGCCUCGUCCGUCACCGUCUAGCGCCCAUCGGUGGAGCGAAAACCACUCGCCUCGCAGCGCUCCAUCGGGCGCCGCCAGCCGCCAGUGCGAUCCGAGCACUGGUGGCGAGCAUGACGCUGCUCUCUGCGCCGCGCGCGGACGCACGGACACGCGGACGUGCGGACGCGCGGACACUCGACGUCAGCGCGCCCCAUCUCUGGGAGGCAGGGCGGCGGCCGCUGGGCGUCGCUGCGCUCUAGUAGCUCCGCGCGCGGAAGACGGCGGCACGAGCAUGCGCGGAAGCCGCAGUAGCGUGGGCAGGGGCGCGGGAGGCGCGGCGGGGAAGGCCGGUAGGCAAGGGGAUGGCGGCAGGGGAGGGCGGGCGGUGGUGAGGGGUGGCGCGGAGGGGAAGAGGGAGGGCGGAAGCGGCGGCAGGGGUGGCGGGCGUGGGAGCGGCGGUAGCGGGUUCGUGGCGUGCCCUGUGUGCUGGCGAUCCGUGCCCCUCCGCACUGUGUCACUCCACGUGGACUCCUGUCUCGCUGCUCCCGCUGCUGCUGCUUCCACUGCGCUCUCUGCUCCGCCUCCUCCUCCUCCUGCUCCUGCUGCUGCUGCUGCUGCUGCUUCUGACGCUGUUAUUGCCGCAGCCGAACAGCGUGGGGCCAAGGAGCGAGAGGAGAAACGGGUGGUGGAGGAGGGUUGCGCAGUGCAGAUGGGCGGAGAAGGAGGGGGGGCGAGGCAGCAGGGAGGGAAGCAGGGAGGGCAAGCAAGCAGGUGCCGCGCUGGUGGGGACACAGCAGCAGGGCGAGUGCGAGGAAGGGCCGUUGUGAGUGGGGCGCACGGCAGUGGUGGUGGCAGUGGGGGCGCAUUCGGAGGGCUUGACGAUGGGGCUAUCAGGAGGGAAGAGGCGGGGGGAGAGGCGGGGCGGUGUGUGGGCGGUGGGAGGGAGAAGAGAGGGGCGGAGGGGGGUAGAGGCAGUAGUGAAAGGGAAGGAAAGAAGCACAGGGAGGGGUUGGAGAGGCUCUGGUGUGUUGAGGCGGAGCAGUGGGCGGGUGAGGAGAGACAGAGUGAUGGGCGUGGCGAGGGUGAUGUUGAUGCUAUUGUUGCAGGUACUGCUAGCGCCAGUGCUGCUUAUGACGGUGCCGCUACUGUGGUACUGGGAGCACCAGGGAGAGGGCGGAUCAGUGAGGCCUGUACAGCAGCAGCAGCAGCAGCAGCAGCAGUAGCAGGAAGAAACGCAGGGGCAGGAGGAGCAAGGAAGGGGGACUCAGAGAGAACAGCAGCAGCAGGCGAAGCAGGGACGGGGGAAGCAGGCAAGGGGGAAGCAGGGACGGGGGAAGCAGGCAAGGGGGAAGCAGGGACGGGGGAAGCAGGCAAGGGGGAAGCAGGGACGGGGGAAGCAGGCAAGGGGGAAGCAGGGACGGGGGAAGCAGGCAAGGGGGAAGCAGGGACGGGGGAAGCAGGCAAGGGGGAAGCAGGGACGGGGGAAGCAGGCAAGGGGGAAGCAGGCACGGGGGAAGCAGGCAUGGGGGAAGCAGUACCGCCACGGUUGGCAUGGGAUGUGUUUUCACGAGGCAGGCGACAGCACAAGGUGAUCUACCUCAUCAGGCAUGGACACACGUCCUUCUACGCCCUACCUUCCGCCCAGCCCCUUCCUCCGCCGCCCUUGUCCCAUGCAUCCCACCUCUCCCUCGCCCCCUCCGCCCUCUCCCCCUCGCCCCUGCUCGCCUCCCCUAGGCUGCUGCCCUUCCCCCCCUACCGCCGUCACUUGUGCCGCGACCGUGACGUGCCGCUCUCACCCCUUGGCAGACAGCAGGCCACGGCGCUGUACCCGUCGCUGAUGCACAUCGCCCACCAGUCACAGCUCCUGCUCGUGUCGCCGCUCUCUCGCGCCCUCGAGACUCUCUGCUACGCGCUGCAUCUCAACACACCCCACCCACCGUGCUGCACUUCCCACGGCCCGCAGCAAGCCUCCCCCCGCCACCCAGCCAGCACGCCCUGCCUCUGCCCGGCUGUUCCCCCCUCACCGCCCGGCCCUGCGCUGCCAUCCUCCCCCCCGCCGUGCCCUGUGCUCGUGUGCGCCCUGCACUCAGAGCACGUGGCAGGCCCUGGGGACAUGGGGCGAGAGAAAGAGGUACUCGCCUCUGACUUCCCGCUCCCCUUCCUCUCCUUCUCUCACCUCCAGCACCACUGGUGGCCAUACCAUCCCUCCCACCCUCCACCCACACACCCCCCCCACACACCCACUGCACCUGCCAUCACUGCCGCACCAUCUCCUGCCGCAACCUUGGCAACCCCUGGCCGUGCACCCAGUGCAACUCUCACCGUGGCAGCUACGUUGGGUGCAUCAUCUGAAGCACAUCCGUUCUCCCUAGCAUCCAGGUCAUCAGUCUCCCUUUUUUCCGCAGUCACCCCACCCGUCGCUGGCACUGUGCGUGCGCCCGCCCCUGCUGGUUCCAAUCCGCCGCCCCUGCAUGAGCCCAGAGCCGUCCUGCGCAAACGUGUGGGGGAGUUUCGUCGCUUCCUAUCUGCGCGCCCCGAGGCCACCAUCACUGUCAUCGGGCACUCCACUUUCUUCAUGGAGUUUUUAGCAUCUCGGCGGCGCAUGAAGCAUUGUGAGAUUGUGAAGAUGUGCUUAUGAUGUGGCGGCUGCACAUCAUAAGCAGGUGUUCACAAGUGCCUGCCAAAUGGAGGAGCAUUGACAAGUGUGGAGUGCUGUGCAUCUUCUGAUGUUAUCUCCUCGCGUAAAAGAAGCACGAACCUAGUUCUAGGGUGUGCUGUAGAGUCGGAUUUUGGUGCAGCUGUCGGUAGCACUGCCAGAACAUGUGGUCAAGCAUGCGUGAGCUGGCUAGGUAGUAGGUACACCUUCUAGUUUUUUUCUCUUCUCUGCAGUACGCCCCAUAAAACAAUAGCAUUCCUGGCUUUACUACAUAUUCAUAUAUAUUCGUGUAGGCUAGAUAUGUGCAUUUCAUAGAGAGUACCGUAAUCACCCGGAUAGACGCCCCUCCGUAGGACUAGUCCCAUGGGCUCUAACUGUCUUGAAUGCUAGCUAACAAGUACCGUAAUCCCCCGUAUAUAAGACCCGCCGAAAUAGUCAGCCCACGGGUGGCUUAUGCGGGGGAUAGCUUAUGAUAUGACACAUUUUUUAGAGUA